AACAGCUUAGUUAAAAUGAUGGACAAAAAGUAUACAUGAAAAGAAAAAUGAUAAAAAUAUGUUUGAAAGUGUAUAGUUAUGAAUCGUCAUAAAAUAAAACAAGUUCUUGCGGCAUUAAUUAUUUGUAAUAUUUGUGAUUUAUUACCACGAAGACUACAAAGAGUAAGAAGGCUGGAGAAACAAGCUGAAGAGGAUAUUAUCAAAGCCCGCAAAAAUGCUAAAAUUGAGCAAUAUUUGAAAAUCGUUGAUGCUAGAGGGCAAGUAAACAAAAGAAAAAUGAUUGAACGAUGGUUACAACAUGUUGAAGCUGAAAGGAAAGCAUCGCCUAUGCAAAUCAACGAUACAAAAACCAGUUUAACAAAAGUUAUGAAGCAGCAACCAGUUAGGCGUAGUGCUCGUUUAAAAUCUAAAAAACAGUCAAAUGAAACAGAAAGAAGUGCAUAAGUACUAUAAAAACAUUAACGAAAUAAUGUAAGAUUUAUUCUCGCAUAAAUUUUAACUGUAUCUUUUUUCAUUGUGUUAUUUGUUCACCAAUGAAUCUUUUUAACUACAACCUAACGAGUACUAUUUUCAGAUUUUAUUUGCUAAUUA